AAUCAAACAGCGUCCGCACUCCCCUCUUCACAUCUUCCACGCUACAUCCCAACUUUAUUUGCCGGGCAAUAAGCUUCAGCACCAUACCAGAGUGUCUUGCCACACGAUCUGCGACUUGACACCAUGAACUUAUCGACAAAGAACACCAGCUCGGGCAGCGCUAGAGGUAGAGAUCCAGGCACAAACGCGAUGCCGUUGUUGUCGACGGCGCCAGGCAAUCCAGUGACAGGGCCUCCACAACAACCCGCCCCCUCGGCAACGACGAUGUGUGCGUUCCACCCGCUUCCACACCUUCCACCCCCAUCCCCUGCUGCUGGCAAUGAAACUGCGACUUUGUCGGUUGGUAGUACCCUCAAUGGCCAGAGGUCGCUCAGGAGAUUGCAAUCGGCUCACAGCCUCGGCGCAAAGGCCUUGCCUCAGCCGUCCCUAAUUUCCCAGCAGAGGUUACAGUUACAACAGCAGCAGCAACAGCACCAGGAACCGCAACACCAGGGGCAACCGCAAUCCCAACCGCGUCGUCAACCGCAGCAGCAGCCCCAACAUCAACAUUGCCUACUCCCAGGCCUGCCUUCGCCUCAUACUAGACAUGCAAGUUUCAACUAUCGAUCGACACCACAAAGAGGUCGCGCCAACAGUGACGCCCCGCCUGUGCCGAUUCCAUUAGGCCAUCAAUACAGCACCAUGGCAGCCGCAAAUAGGCGCGCCAUGCGCGGCACAAGCUCGUCCACUGCCAGCACUAUGUCCCUCGAAAAGUUGUUGCGCGAAGGCCCCCCGAACGGCGAUGUUGAUACGGCGCUCGAAAGCACACGACUCAAGAUCCUCGAUCAGGGCGUCAAAUCCGAUAGCGACGGCAUGUCCUCCCUUCGCAUAUACGUAUGGCUGAUCUUGCUUGACGCCCCAAUCAUCGAAACCGACACCUACCUUUCCCUCAUUCAUCGCGGCGCAUCCCCUGCCUACUCGAAAAUCCGCAAUGAUACUUUCCGUACACUUACGACCGAUCCUCUCUUUCGACGCCGCGUUAGCGAGGCCAGUCUAAUUCGAUUACUUAACGCCGUCGCCUGGAGGUUACACGAUGUCCGCGGGGACCGAACCCGAGACCAUAGCAUUGUCAGUCUUUCGCGACGCUCGGCGCCAUCAGAACCCGGAAGUCGUCCGGGAACUAGUGGUCACGACAGCAUCACUGGCUCGCCGGCAUCGAAAAGUCGAGCGCGUGCCUUGACCUUGACCACUGAAGGCUCCGAGGCCAGUGGUGUCGCCUCUGAACCGGGUACCUAUGUACAAGGAAUGAACGUGCUGGCCGCGCCUUUCCUGUAUGCUGCACGUAGCGAAGCCGAAGCCUUCGUCGCCUUCCAUCAGCUUCUUACGCAAGAGUUACCCGGCUACAUUCGCGGCGCAAUGGACGGAGUGCACAAAGGGCUGGCGUUGGUUGACAAGGUGUUAUCGAUCGUGGAUCCAAAACUCAGUCUCUACCUGAUGUCCAAGAACCUCUCCGCCGAGAUCUAUGCAUUCCCCUCCGUACUGACGUUGUGCGCAUGCACGCCACCUCUGCCCGAGGUCCUACGCUUGUGGGACUUCCUCUUCGCAUACGGUCCGCAUCUUAACAUUUUGUGCAUCGUUGCGCAGCUGAUCAUGAUACGCACAAAGAUCAUGGAAUCGCCUAGUCCUAACAAACUCCUCCGAUCUUUCCCUGCCCUUCAGGCUGAUUUGAUCAAGCGGACCACUUUGACCGUGAUACGAAUGAUACCCGACGAUGUCUACGCUGAAAUCGUGGUUCAUGCCAAGUGAUGGAACUUCCAGAAAUUCAUAUGCAUGCAGCAUCUUCGCUAAAAGACUUUCAGAGAGCGAAAAUGGACGUGAAGUGUCGAGCGGCACCAAGCGUGGU